AGCCCCCUCUCUGCCAUCGAACCGGCCACGACGUUAUCAGCGAGCAAUUCCUACACCGGCGGACCCUUCCAAUACACGCCCAGCACCUGCCUCAGCGACCCCGAUCGGUCGCGUUCGCGAGUGAGGCCAGGUUCGACGUAUCCUCACGCCGCCGAGUCUGAUUCCGAACAUGUCGACACCCUCCACCGCCACUGCGACCCUCCCUCGCCCAUUCUAUUCUCACCACCAGACAUACCAGAACAUACCCAAUGCACAGCUCGCGAGUGGUCCUGGUCGCAUAGCCAACCCUCUUCCCUACGGCUACACCAACGGCAAUUCGAAUCCUGACCUCCGUCGCACCGCCACCACCCACGCGAGACCGGCUGCACAAUUACCACCUCUCACCCCCAACUCCACAUCCGAAACCAUGAGCAAUCCCCGUCCCCCGAGGAAGCGGAACCCCGACUGGGGUGAGUUUUACAAACACGGUCUGCCCAAGGAGGUAAUCGUCAUCGACGACGAUGACGACGACGUUCCCGCACGACCUCCUCCGCGGCAGCAGCCCCCUUCGAGGAAUGGCACCAAUGGGACCGCCAAUGGAGUCCAUCGGCCCGCAGACAAGAAGAGAAAGACGGCGGCUUCAUCCGCCUUCGAUCCCGUAUACAGCCAACAUACCUCGUAUUCCACCACACAAACUCCCUAUUACGAUUCACCCAAUCAAUCCAUCGCUACAGACAGAACGGCCUCCGGUUUGAAUACCACCGCCGCAACUUCACUUGGUUCGCAAGCCGGCAGUGGCCAACAGAUUUCGCCCCUUGGCAACGGUGUUGUAGGCCAGAAACGGAAGCGAACAAGAGCGGCAGCACAGGAUGAAGCCAAAGAGGCGAAGCGGCGGGAGCUGGACAACGACGAUCAUCCCUUCAGCCUCUACCAGCCUCCGCCCAAUCCACCUAUCAAGGCGAAGGAUGUCUACGUGAAGGUGAUUCCAGACAAGUCGUAUAUGAAAGACCAGAAAGUCGACGACGAAGAUGGUCAUUAUAUCGUCGUCGCCGAUGCGGAUCUAACAGAGAAAUAUACCAUAACGAGGCUGCUCGGUCAAGGAACAUUUGGCAAGGUUGUCGAAGCAUACGAUAAGACGAAGGGCACAAAGUGUGCCAUCAAAGUCAUCAGAUCGGUGCAGAAAUAUCGCGAUGCCAGCAGGAUUGAACUGCGGGUGUUAUCCACACUCGCCUCAAACGAUAAGCACAACGCCAACCGAUGCAUCCAUCUCCGGGACUGCUUCGAUUUCAGGAACCAUAUCUGCAUCGUAACCGAUCUAUACAGCCAGAGCGUCUUCGACUUCUUGAAGUCCAACGGAUUUGUUCCUUUCCCCAGCUCGCAUAUCCAAAAGUUUGCGAAGCAACUAUUCACGAGCGUGGCCUUUUUGCAUGACCUCAACCUCAUCCACACUGAUCUAAAGCCGGAGAAUAUCUUGCUGGUCAAUAGCGCCUACCAGACAUUCACAUAUAACAGGACCAUCCCUUCGUCGUCACAGCAGACCAAUCGCACUGCUCGACACAGGAAGGUGCUACUUGACCCUGAAAUCCGGCUGAUCGACUUUGGGUCUGCCACAUUCAACGACGAAUAUCACUCGUCUGUUGUAUCCACCCGCCACUACCGUGCGCCAGAGAUUAUCCUCAAUCUUGGAUGGAGUUUCCCAUGCGAUAUUUGGAGUAUAGGGUGCAUUCUCGUCGAGUUCUUCACGGGCGAUGCAUUGUUCCAGACCCACGACAAUCUGGAGCAUCUGGCCAUGAUGGAGGCGGUAUGUGGUGGCAAGUUGGAUAGGGAUCUCAUCAAGCAGGUGUACGCCAAGGACAGGACAUCACGCAACUCAGCUGCCUCUGCGCGCAGGUAUUUCAAGAGUUACAAGUUGGAUUACCCAAAUAGCGAGACGCCGAAAGCAUCCAGAAGGUUUGUGAAGGCGAUGAAGAAGCUCGAUGAAACCAUACCUCCCGUCACCCCCUUCAACCGACAAUUCCUCGACCUCCUCCGCCGCAUCUUCGUCUACGAUCCCAAGAAGCGGAUCACGGCCAAAGAAGCCUUGCAACAUCCCUGGUUCAGGGAAACCCUCAUGGAUGACGGAACGGAGGCUACCAAGAUCCGGCUGGAGAAGGAGAGGAAGGCGAGAUUGGAGGAAGAGGAGAGACAGUUGCGGUUGCAGAGGGAGGCCAUGGAGGAGGAGCAACACCGGCAACAACAGCAACAGCAACAGCAGCAGCAGCAGUCGAGGUACCAUCGGGAUCGAGUGUAUUGAUGAGAUGGACGCUUCUGGGAAUUUUUGUUUUUUUUUCGUUCUUCUUCUUCUCGAAGAAGCGGGUGUGUGGAGAGUUCGAGAUAUAUGAUAAGAAGCACUCUUAUAUGGUCAUUGUGGCAUUAUGGUUAUGGAGGGAAAGGGCAGGCAUGGGGAGGGAGGGGC